AUAACGUAGCUAGAGCAAUCUUUCAGGGAGGGGGGCUGAAGAACAAAACAAUGACACUGCUUGGAAGAAUUUAAAUACAUUAACUCUUCUAAAGACAUUUAAAACCUAGCCGCGCCGAUUUCCCUCCCGGUGUUAAGUAAAAGAGUCCGGGGAUAUUCGAGCUUUUGACAUCGACUAGCUGUUGUUUGUUGAUAUGUUGUUGCUGCUGCUCAGUUGACAGACUGGAGGCUAGCUGCUUGCUUGGACGGCUACGAGCUGUUAUGGUUUGCUGGCUCGCUAAUUACAGCUUUUGUUUGAGGGGGAGAAAAAAAAGUUGAAAUUGUCCGACGAAAGUAGCUAGCUCUAAGCUAACUGCCAAUAUUUGGUUGCCAAACAAUAUACUGAAUUUACAACCCAGAGACCCACACAGGGUCAGUGUGCUAGUUAGCCUGUUGUUAGCAUUAACAUUUGCACUUUUUUUUUCUUUCAGGGAGGGUUUAUUGUCUCGGUAGGUACUGGUUACCUGGUUAUUUUACAGUUUCUCUCUUGUCUUAGAUAUAUAUUAUGUAAUACUGCAUCUAAAUGCAUGAACAGGCUAACUCAGUGAAAGGAUAUAAAGCGUAAUUCAAGAAAACGACUGUUGUUACUUAAUUGCCUUUGUUAGUUGCACUAGAUGGCAUUAUAUCAACCUGUUUCAAGCAACUGAAUUUCAUACUGCGAAAGCUAAUUUGAUAAAUUAUCAGUAUUGAGACUUUGUAUUAAGUCAGUGUAUUAGCAACCCUGUUAUCAUGCAGCUGUCUUAAGUUUAUUUCAUUGUAUUUGGACAUUUCAGAUUUCGUUAUUACUGCAUUGUGCAUUUUUCAUUAACUGCUAUUGGAAGUAGCUGGUGCUGUUGUCAGAGCUGUUCCAAUAAGCACCCAUCUAUAUUCAGCUCACUUUUUAAGAAAGGAUGAAUGGAUAUGGCUCAUCUUCAGAAAAGGGAGUCAAUACUAGUCUGAUAUGUCAAGAGAGUUAUUCCUGUGGUGGCUCUGAGGAGGCUGCAUUUGAGUGUGUUGAGUGCAAAAGCCUGCAGUGUGUUCACUGUGAGCUCGACCUCCAUAGUCAUGACCGGCUAAAGAACCAUGAGCGGGUCCAGAUAGGUCCUGGACAUGUCCCAUACUGUGACAACUGUAAAGGAGGUGGUGGAGAUAGUGGCAUGCGCCAUAGGUCUGUGGUCCGCUGCCAGAACUGCAAAGUUAAUUUGUGCCAGGACUGUCAGAAACGCACUCACAGUGGAGGCAACAAGAAGAAACACCAGCUUACACCUUAUCCGCCACCACCCAAACCUGCAGAAGGCAACUCUGUCCAAACGCCUGCCCGGCCUGCUGUUCAUAUAGCCGAUGAGCCCAAAUCUCAGAGAGCAAAACUUCUGGAGAAGGUGUCCAGCUUUCUUCUGGUUGAUGAGAAUGAAGAAAUGCAGAUAAAAGAUGAAGCUUCCUUUGUGAAGAGCCUCAGCUGCGCGCCCAACCAGCUGCUGAAGGUGGUGUCCAUCUUUGGUAACACAGGAGAGGGCAAAUCUCACACUUUGAACCACACAUUCUUCAUGGGCAGAGAGGUGUUCAAGACUUCUCCCACACAAGAAUCAUGUACAGUGGGGGUGUGGGCAGCAUUUGACCCAAUCCACAAAUUAGUGGUCAUUGAUACAGAGGGGCUGCUUGGGAACAGUUCCAAACAGGGCCAGAGAACACGUCUCUUACUAAAGGUGCUCGCCAUCUCUGACCUCAUAAUCUAUCGCACCCAUGCUGACCGUCUCCAUGAUGACCUCUUCAAGUUCCUUGGGGAUGCCUCGGACGCAUAUUUGAAGCAUUUCUCCAAGGAGCUGAAGGCAACAAUGACACGCUGUGGCCUGGAUGUCCCACUGUCCACCUUGGGCCCUGCAGUAGUCAUCUUCCAUGAAACAGUCCACACUAAGUUGCUGGGUUCAGAUAAAUCAUCUGAAUCUGUAGAUCGGCUACUGUUGGAGCGCUUUAGGAAGCUUUCCCGUUUUCCAGAGGCCUUUAGUUCUCUCCACUACUGGGGUACACAGACUCUCAGUCCCCCUACUGACUUUUGUGGCCUGCAGAAUAAACUGGAACAGCUCCUGGAUAACAACGCCACUCGCUCUCCACGUACCCCUGUGGUCAUCUUCAAAGCCCUGCAGGCACUGAGUGAACGCUUCAGUGGGGAAAUUUCAGGUGAGCUGGUCGCGCACAGCUGCUUUUUUCCCGAUGAAUACUUCACCUGCUCCAGCCUGUGCCUCAGCUGUGGAUCUGGCUGCAAGAACAGCAUGAACCACUUAGGAGAGGCAGUGCGCCACGAGGCGACGCAUCGCUGUCGUUAUACUCCUCAGUAUGAUAACCGCAUUUACACCUGCAAAGCUUGCUAUGAAGGGGGAAAAGAAGUGGUAGUUGUCCCAAAGACCUCAGCGUCCUCAGAUUCUCCAUGGAUGGGCCUCGCAAAAUAUGCCUGGUCUGGGUAUGUUAUUGAAUGUCCCAACUGUGGGGUGAUCUAUCGGAGCCGUCAGUACUGGUACGGAAAUCAGGACCCUGUGGAUACAGUUGUCCGCACUGAGAUCCAACAUGUUUGGCCGGGAUCAGAUGGCUUUUUAAAGGACAAUAGCAAUGCUGCACAGCGCCUUCUGGAUGGAGUCAACCUAGUAGCCCAAUCUGUGUCAGAGCUCAGUGUCAAACCUGCCAAGGCUGUCACCUCUUGGCUGACAGAUCAGAUCGCCCCAGCCUACUGGAAACCCAACUCCCUGAUCUUGGUGUGCCAUAAGUGUCACACAGUCUUCCAGGAUAACGACACUAAGCAUCACUGCCGUGCCUGUGGGGAGGGCUUCUGUGAUGGCUGCUCUUCCAAAGCUGCGCCUGUCCCUGAGAGAGGCUGGGGUCUUGCCCCUGUCAGAGUGUGUGAUGUCUGCUUUGAGCAGAGAGCUUCAUAUGCAGAGCUACUUGAGGCAGAGCGAGAAGAGGAAGAAGGUGGAACUCUUGCCAGGAAGGUUGGAGAAGCUGUCACCAAUACUUUAGGAGUCGUAGUCACUGCUAUUGACAUCCCACUAGGCCUCGUGAAAGACGCAGCUCGUCCUGCCUACUGGGUGCCUGACCAGGACAUCCUGUCGUGCCACAACUGCCAACGCGAGUUCACUGCCAAGCUGUCCAAGCACCACUGCCGCGCCUGCGGCCAAGGAGUGUGCGACGACUGCUCCCCCGAGCGUCGAGCCGUUCCAUCGCGUGGCUGGGACCACCCCGUGCGCGUGUGCUCCAGCUGCAACCAGAAGCCCGGAGAACUUUAACAGGGACGGCUUUCCUUCCUCAGAACGCCAGAUAGAACCACUCACUAACUCGGCAGUCUGUCUCUGCUAAAGCAUACCUCUCUUGCUCGACCGAUUCUGUCUUGUAUCUGUGGAAGGGAAAUUUUUAGGCAUAUAUGUAGGACAUUUAGCAGAUUUGGGAUUUCAGAGUUCCUGUGGCCUUUGUAGAACAGCCAGAACAUGUGAGCUACUUGACUGAGUGUGAAACCUGCAUUUCUACUCCGAGUAUCCACAGUGUCAAUGUUUUGAUUCUUAUUGACACAGAUCCCUUAUUUUACAUUGGCUGUUGAGCUAUUUUUCUACUGUCAGAAAAUAUAUAUAUAAAAAAAAAAAACAUUUAAAUAGUAAUAGCUAGUUGAGAAUGCUGGUUGGGUUGGUGUGAUUAGUUUCCAGCAAUUCCUAUUAUUAUUAUUAUUGAGUAUUUUCUCUGAUGUCACGUAAUGGCAAAGAGAGAUUUUAAACACAUGCAGCUAACUGCAGGUUCCUUUGCAUGCAUAUAUUGCAACAUUUUAGUUUUUGCACUACGCCUUGUUCAGCUGUUAUAGGCUGUUGCUUACCAUGGCCAAAAAGCCAGAUAUCCAGGUGAAGAAGCAGUCGCUCCAAACUCAGUUGAAAUCUACGGCAGGAGGUCUUGAUUUUGGAUAUCUGGUGUGGCAGAAAUCAUUCAGGUCACUGUGUCUGUGCUGGUACAAUGUUUAUAUUUUAUCAUGUAAUAUGUGGUCGUAUGAAGACAUAGAACUAUGUUAGAGGAAAUGUUGAAAGUUAUUUAACCGAGAAACAAAAUAUUAGCACUGCAUGACGGUGUGAGAGAUCAUGGCCUUUUACUUGUUCGGAGGAUGGUCUCUGAAUAAACCUCACUUAUCUCUUUUACUAAGUGGCAUUUCAGUGGUCUCAUGUUACAAAAUGUAAUUCAUGUUCAAAAUUUUUUUUUUUUUUGGACCCCUUUGUUUCAAGUGUAAUCUAAAUAUUUAAUAUUUGAAGUUCCUGCCUGCAUUGCAUCUGGAUGUUGUCUUUCAGAACUGAAAAAUACACAGUGUUCAAACUGGUUUUACUUAUUACACUCAUGCCUGCAGGUCUCUGUAGAUGCAGCGUGACAUGUUAAGGACUCCUGACAAAGCACAAUGGAAUUUUGUUCUGCUUAUAAGAACUUAUGUUUUCUCUUAUUUUACAUCCGUUAUUGAAAGCUGUUGUAAAUUUACUUUAGCUGUUUUUUUUUGGGGGGGGGGGUGUGACAUGAUUAACUGUAUGUAUAUUUAUAGACUUUGUAGUGACACUUUGUGAACCACCCUUUUUCUGUCUUUGUUUGUUUUUGUCUUUCAGCGUUACACAGAAAUACUAAUGCUCAAAUGGGUCAAAGGUGAGAUGUUGAACCAUAUGUAGCGACUGAGAGCUUUAAUUAUGUCUUUCAUCAUUAACUAGUUUUGUUUUACUGAGUACUGAGACCGUUAUCGUACAAAGCACAUGGCGAUGCCUUUUAGACAUAUGCUUGCGUUUUGUUGUCCAAAAAAAAAAAAAAAAAAAAACAAGAAAAAAAAAAAAGGGGGGGGGGGGUAUUUGUCAGUUUUAAGCUUUGUAGAUAAAGUUAAUUCUCCCUUUGCACCUAACGUGGAACUUUUUGGUUCUGAUGUCUGAUGAGAAGAUGUUGUGUCUGCCUUGUCUCAAAAUAGAUUUAUCUGUCUGAGUGUUUCAUCACACACACACACCCUCUUUUGAGAUGCUAAUAUUGCACAGGAUAGAAUAGGAAAUGCAUCAUGUCAGAUUACUGGUACUGGAGUUCAUUGCCAUGCAUAUCUUUGCAGUCUGUUCAAAUACCCAUUAUAGUGUUUGAGAUAUUCAUCCCUUUUUUUUCCCCUUGCUUUUUUUUAAUUGGGUAGGGUGUAACUGUCAACAUGUUUAACCUGCCGACUCCAAAUCAAACAAAAAUGACUGAUAUACUUUAAACUGUUGGAACUAACUUGAAGAAAUGGUGGAAGAUUUGCAUAAGAUUAAAGUUGUAUCAGCUUCUGUCUGUUAAAUCAUAAUCUGCAACUGCCUCCAUGUCUUAAGUGGUGUGUGUAUGUGUGGUAGUGUGUUUUAAAUCUCCCUGUGUCAAACCACUUACUGUACUGUAUGUGGGAGGAAUAGAUCGUGUGCAUGUCCUUGUGUUAUGAGCCUUGCUUUCAUUCCCGUCCAGCACUGCAGUUUCAGAUAAAUGAAAAAAAAUAUAUAUAUAUAAAUAUAUAAGUACACACACACACAUAGUUGC